AUGCAAUACGUCAUACUGCUCCACCGAGAUUGCAUAGACGAAGAGAAGCCACAGUUGCAAGGCUUGGAACUCUUCUCUUUCCUCUGUCUCAUCUGUAAAGCGAUCAAGUCCAACUCUCAGCGUCUCCGACAGCAACGUAGAACAAACCGGCCUCUGCUCGCCAUGGUGAAGAAUCGUACUCAUGAAAGCAAGAAAACCAAGCUGACAAACUUUGUUCAGUAA